CGUCUCUUUUGCCCUUCAAGACUUAUCCUCAACCUCACAGGUCAUUCUUCAAGAUGGGACGAAUGCACUCAAAAGGAAAGGGUAUCUCCGCCUCUGCUCUCCCCUACCGACGAUCUCAGCCCUCCUGGUCCAAGGCCACCCCCGAGGAGGUCUGUGACCAAAUCUUCAAAUUCGCUCGAAGAGGUUUGACCCCUUCUCAAAUCGGUGUCAUCCUCAGAGACAGCCAUGGAAUCCCUCAGGUCAAAUUCGUCACUGGAAACAAGAUCCUGAGAAUCCUCAAGACUAACGGUCUUGCCCCAUCCCUUCCUGAGGACUUGUACUGUCUCAUCAAGAAGGCCGUCUCUGUCCGAAAGCACCUGGAGCGAAACCGAGCUGACAAGGCUGCCAAAUUCCAAAUGAUUCUCAUCGAGUCCCGUAUUCACCGUCUCGCCCGAUACUAUAUCAAAACCCAGCAGGUUCCUCCUACUUUCAAGUACGAAGCCGCCACCGCUUCCACAUUGGUCGCCUAAGGUGGAACAGCAGACUUUGAAGAGAGGAGAGCGGGAUGAGCUGCAUUGCAUAAGGUU